AUGAAUGCUUCUGUGGGCAAAAAUCAUUACGUUUUCAUUGAUCUCAUGGCUUCCACGCCCUCCCCCUCACAGCUGCCAGAACUGUACGCAUCAGCUGAGAAUUUUAAUAACGAGAGCAAGAAAUCAAAUUUCCAAAAACUCUGCGCCACCUCCUUUGAGGAAGCUCGGCAACUCCUCGGAAAAAACCUGGGUACUGUGCCAUUUGCUGCUUCUGGUGCUGAGAGAAAAGAUGAGCCCCGCCCUGCCGUACAGAGCCCGGUUAGCAACGAGGAGCAGAAGCUCACGUCCAUGGCAGAUCUACUUCACCACAGCCUGUUGAUGGGCUCCCUCGUCCCUCUGGAGCAGUUUUCCAGGACCCAGAAUAGACUGAUCCAGGCAGGCAUCCCUCCUCCGGUGCACACAUUUCCGUAUGGUUUCAGGACCGACGAGCCGAUAGUUACGCCAACGCCCUUUAGAAAGAGGCUUCCAAGCCACACCUUCCGGAAACUUCUCCUGGCUUCUGUUACCCCGGACAGGCUGGUGUUUGAAGAUAAAUCGAUGCGAUUCUUCUCCUUGGAGCCAGGCAAGCAGUUCCUGGACCUAGUGGACCUGGAGUGGCGGUAUUUCAACGGACUUGCAAAGUGGGGCCACAUUCCCAGGAAGUUCUCAUUCAUGGACAUAAAAUACAACACUGAGAAGAGAUUUGUUGAGAGCCAAGGCAUGCCUGGUCCGUUUUUUCCUCCUCUAGUUCAGAAGACUUUGGUGAUUUAUCCUCAGCUUGACCAUCAUGAAGAGGGACAUUAUUCUCUUAAGUGGAAUGUAUAG